CAGAACUGACGUUCCUAAACACUUCUUCAAGAGCCGGAAACAAAACAAAUCCGUCAUGUGAUCUCUGCUUUUGCGUUUUAUCUAGUAUGUAGCUGUUGGUGGUGAGUCCAUUUAGAAAAGGGAUUUAAAGAAGUUGCCGAGCGGUUGGGGUAAAGCGAUAAAACGCUGGCCACCAUGGCUGAUGAUUUGAAGAGAUACCUGUACAAACAGUUGCAAAGUGUUGAAGGUCUUCAUGCUAUUGUAGUGACAGACAGGGAUGGUGUCCCAGUUAUCAAAGUUGCCAAUGACAACGCCCCAGUCCACGCUCUGAGACCUGGCUUCUUGUCCACGUUUGCUCUGGCCACAGAUCAGGGAAGCAAGCUGGGCCUCUCCAAGAACAAGAGCAUCAUCUGCUACUACAACACCUACCAGAUUGUGCAGUUCAAUCGGUUACCACUGGUCAUCAGUUUCAUUGCCAGUAGCAACGCCAACACAGGUAUCAUCAUGAGUCUGGAGAAGGAGUUGGCUCCACUAAUAGAGGAACUGAGGCAGGUGGUGGAGGUGACAUAAGCGCUGACAGACCGUACAACCUUGAGCAAGAUCACCUUUCUGGAUCACAUCCUGCUCACUGAAACCUGUUUGGAGGUUUUUACAGUUCAAAGUGAUGACUUGGAAGUGUUAACAUCUUCAGACCUGUUUACAUAAUGAUUGAACUUUCCUGUACAUUUUCUGUAGAAUUUAGGUGCUCAUCAGUAUUUUCACAUCUAAGACAGAGUUGGUAUGUUAAAUCAAAUAUCAAAGUCUGAAUAAAUGUUUAAUUUUUAGCACCUUAA